CGUGGAACACAACUGAAGCGAAAGACAACAUUCGAUAAACACGAUGCAAGAAACAUAAACCAUUAUCCAGCAUGUCAUAAGUAAACAACGUUCUCAAUGUGGAAACCGAUAACACUUCUGUGCAUACUUCUUCUUCCAUGCGUUUCAUGUACAUUAACCCGAGACGGCGGGUCUUAUGAUGAAGAAGCUGAAGAAGAAACGAGAAACAUAAAUCAUCUGAAGAAAUUAUUGAACCAGGUAUCAAGUAAAUUGCGUUCUGCAAAAGAGGCUGACAAAAGGAAUGACGAGAAGAGAAGGCUGAAAGAUGUGGGGGACAGAAAGUCUACAGACCUCAAUAAUGAAGUAUCACCUGAUGGCAAGUCUAGUUCUUCAAGUGAUCAACGCAAGACUGAAUCAUCGAAUGACAAUCCAAAGUCAUCCAGAGGGAAGAUUCAACCAUAUAAAGGCAAACAGGACAAGACUAAAUCAUCAGGUGGCAAGCCUCAACUGCCAAAUAAAAUCGACCUAUCAGCAAUACUGAAUAAAAUGAUGUCAAAGUCAUCAAAAACCAAGUCCAAACCAUGCAUUUGCAAGUCAAAUUCAGCUCAUGUCAAGGUAAAACUAUCGAAUGGCAAGCAGGGCAAGACUGGAUCAUCUACUUUCAAAAAACCACUAACUGGUGACCAAAAUCAACAAAGCCGAGGUCAAACUACAGAGGUAAAGGAAGUGGAUAGUGAUAAUACUAAAUCAUCUCGUGUAACACCGAAAUCAUCUGAUACCAAGUCCUCUGGCAGGUCAUCAGACACUAACCAAGUUGAUGUCAUCAUGUCAAAAGGCAAAUCAAAAAGGAAACAUGUUGAUGAUGAUGAAGACGACCUUAGGUCAAGAAAAGGCAAAUCAAAAAGGAAAGAUGAUGAUGAUAAGGAAGACGACCUCAGGUCAAGAAAAGGCAAAUCAAAAAGGAAAGAUGAUGAUGAUAAGGAAGACGACCUCAGGUCAAGAAAAGGCAAAUCAAAAAGGAAAGAUGAUGAUGAUGAUAAGGAAGAUGACCUCAGGUCAAGAAAAGGCAAAUCAAAAAGGAAAGAUGAUGAUGAUAAGGAAGAUGACCUCAGGUCAAGAAAAGGAAAAUCAAAAAGGAAAGAUGAUGAUGAUAAGGAAGAUGACCUCAGGUCAAGAAAAGGAAAAUCAAAAAGGAAAGAUGAUGAUGAUAAGGAAGAUGACCUCAGGUCAAGAAAAGGAAAAUCAAAAAGGAAAGAUGAUGAUGAUAAGGAAGAUGACCUCAGGUCAAGAAAAGGCAAAUCAAAAAGGAAAGAUGAUGAUGAUAAGGAAGAUGACCUCAGGUCAAGAAAAGGCAAAUCAAAAUGGAAAGAUGAUGAUGAUAAGGAAGAUGACCUCAGGUCAAGAAAAGGCAAAUCAAAAAGGAAAGAUGAUGAUGAUAAGGAAGAUGACCUCAGGUCAAGAAAAGGAAAAUCAAAAAGGAAAGAUGAUGAUGAUAAGGAAGAUGACCUCAGGUCAAGAAAAGGAAAAUCAAAAUGGAAAGAUGAUGAUGAUACGGAAGAUGACCUCAGGUCAAGAAAAGGAAAAUCAAAAUGGAAAGAUGAUGAUGAUACGGAAGAUGACCUCAGGUCAAGAAAAGGAAAAUCAAAAUGGAAAGAUGAUGAUGAUACGGAAGAUGACCUCAGGUCAAGAAAAGGAAAAUCAAAAUGGAAAGAUGAUGAUGAUACGGAAGAUGACCUCAGGUCAAGAAAAGGCAAAUCAAAAAGGAAAGAUGAUGAUGAUAAGGAAGAUGACCUCAGGUCAAGAAAAGGCAAAUCAAAAAGGAAAGAUGAUGAUGAUAAGGAAGAUGACCUCAGGUCAAGAAAAGGCAAAUCAAAAUGGAAAGAUGAUGAUGAAGACAACCUAUAG